GCCGCGCUAGGGUGCAGCCCUCAGCCCCGCGCCCCGACCCCGCGCCGCCAUGGGCAAGAAGCACAAGAAGCACAAGACCGAGUGGCGCUCGUCCUACGAGGAUUACACGGACAAGCCCUUGGAGAAGCCCCUGAAGCUGGUCCUCAAGGUUGGAGGAAGUGAAGUGACGGAGCUGUCGGGGUCUGGGCACGACUCCAGUUAUUAUGAUGACAGGUCAGACCACGAGCGAGAGCGUCAUAAAGAAAAGAAGAAGAAGAAGAAGAAGAAAUCCGAGAAGGAGAAGCACCUUGACGACGAAGAAAGGAGGAAGAGAAAGGAGGAGAAGAAGCGGAAGCGGGAAAAGGAGCAUGGUGACUCGGAGGGGGAGGCCGACGACUUCGAUCCCGGCAAGAAGGUGGAGGUGGAGCCGCCCCCCGACAGGCCGGUGCGAGCGUGCAGGACGCAGCCAGCUGAGAACGAGAGUACGCCUAUUCAGCAAUUAUUGGAGCAUUUUCUCCGCCAGCUCCAGAGAAAAGAUCCUCAUGGAUUUUUUGCUUUUCCCGUCACGGAUGCGAUUGCUCCCGGGUACUCGAUGAUCAUCAAACAUCCCAUGGACUUCGGUACGAUGAAAGACAAGAUCGUGGCCAACGAGUACAAGUCGGUCACAGAAUUUAAGGCAGAUUUCAAACUGAUGUGUGACAACGCGAUGACCUACAACAGGCCGGACACCGUGUACUACAAGUUAGCCAAGAAGAUCCUCCACGCAGGCUUUAAGAUGAUGAGCAAACAGGCAGCUCUCUUGGGCAACGCAGAUACAGCUGUUGAGGAGCCUGUUCCCGAAGUGGCCCCUGUGCAAGUAGAAACUGCCAAGAGAUCCAAAAGGCCGAGUAGAGAAGUCAUCAGCUGCACGUUUGAGCCAGAAGGAAACGCCUGCAGCCUGACCGACAGCACGGCGGAGGAGCACGUGCUGGCCUUGGUGGAGCACGCAGCCGACGAGGCCCGGGACAGGAUCAACCGGCUCCUCCCAGGGGGCAAGAUGGGCUACCUGAAGAAGAGCAGCGACGGCAGCCUGCUCUACAGCGUGGUCAACGCAGCCGAGCCGGACGCCGACGAGGAGGAGACCCACCCAGUGGACUUGAGCUCACUGUCCAGCAAGCUGCUUCCCGGCUUUACCACACUGGGCUUCAAAGACGAGAGGAGGGGCAAAGUCACGUUCCUCUCCAGCGCCACCACUGCGCUUUCCAUGCACAAUUCCGUGUUCGGCGACUUGAAGUCGGAUGAGUCGGAGCUGCUGUAUUCUGCCUACGGGGACGAGACGGGCGUGCAGUGUGCGCUGAGCCUGCAGGAGUUCGUGAAGGACGCCGGCAGCUACAGCAGGAAGAUGGUGGACGAGCUCCUGGACCAGCUGACCGGCGGCGACCACUCGCGGAUGCUCCUCCAGCUGAGGCAGAGGAGAACGGUCCCCGUGAAGCCUCCAGACGACGCAAAGGCUGGGGACUCGCUGGGUGACGGCAGCUCCGUUCUGGACUUCAUGUCGACAAAGUCUUACUCGGACACCUCCCUGGACAUCUCUAUGCUCAGCUCUCUAGGGAAAGUGAAGAAGGAGCUUGACGUGGACGACGGGCACCUGAACCUGGACGAGACGGCGAAGCUCCUGCAGGACCUGCACGAGGCCCAGGCGGAGCGCGGGGGCUCCCGGCCAUCCUCCAACCUCAGCUCCCUGUCCAACACCUCCCCCUCCGACAGGGACCAGCACCACCUGGGCAGCCCUUCUCGCCUCAGCGUCGGGGAGCAGCCAGAGGUGGCCCACGACCCGUACGAGUUUCUUCAGUCUCCAGAACCUGCAGCCUCUGUGAAGAGCUAGCCUCGUAGACAGACGUUAGUGUUUCUUAUAUUUUUAUUUCCACAUACAGAGUUUCUGUCGUGAGACAAAGACUCGUCUUGUCCUUUCAGGCGUGCAGGCAGCAGCCCCAGGGAGGUGGGGAGGCGUCUCUGGCACCAUGUCAGCCACACGCGGGCCCCGUGAAUCCUGGACAGUGACAGUCUGGGCCAGGUGUGUGACCAGGUAGGGUCGAGCCGCUGCGCUUGGUCCCUGAGCGUCGAGGGGUCUGUAAAGCUCCUCUCUGUGGCCGGCCUGGACACACCGUCCUGCCCCAGCGUCCUCUGCCACCGCCCCCAGAGACAAGAGAUGCCCGCGUUGGGGUCCUGCGUGUGGUUUGCCCUGCCUGCCCCCCAUGUCCCCGUAUUUCUGAAGCGGGUCACGGUGGGGCCUGGGGCAGGCUCUGUGCCGAGCGAGGCCUGCCUUCUGCCGGAGGACGCCGCCCAUGGCCAUGGUGAUGUGCCGUGUCCUAGACUUUUAAUCUGGAUGUGUUUACUGAAUGCCUGUUUACAUUUGCCAAACACAGAGAUCCCAAUAAAAUACACAGAACAAUUGCACAUCAUUGUUUACAGUA